AUGGCCGUAUCCAGAGGACUCGUUGUCUGCUGCUUCUUGACACUGGUGGUCUCUGCAUUUUUUAUCAGAGUCAGCAACGCCGAGAUUCAUGCUGCAGGCCAUGAAUCUUGUGGUGGCAUCCACCCAGAUGAUCACCAGCGCUGCAUCGAUCGCGGUGGUGAUGAUGACGACAAUGAUUUUGAUGAUACUUACAAGAUCAUCAACCAGAUGAAGAUCCAGGCUCCCCUUUAUGGAAAAUCUUCUUUGAUUCAUUCAGCUGUUUCUCAGGAGUUUGAUCUAUUAAUGGGAGAUAUCUUAAAUGUUUGA